UGCCGCGAGUCCGGGCGCCGCGUUACACUUCUGAGCGGCUUCGGGAAGCACAGGGCAGGGGAGUGUGUGCCCAGAGCGGGGGACAGGAGGCCGGCCCAGCUCCUGUGCCAGCCCAGGGACAUACCUAGAAGCUUAGAUCAGGGUGAUGAUGGUGUGUUCUGGCGCUCACGUGUGGACAGACACACCGGCGGGUCUAUGUGCUGUGGAGGCACCUGUCUUGUGAGUGGCUCCGGGCGUGGCUGCCCUUCGGACGUUCAGUUCCUGAAGAUUUACCUCUAGGGGCCUACCUUCCCCGAGCUCCGGAGGGGAACCUGAGAAGUUUAACAAAGCCGGGACUGAGCAGAUUAAGAGGGGAACAGCGGCUGGGCCGGAGAGGGUGGGACUGCGGGUGCCAGGGGGCGGGGGAAGGAAACCACCUAUUUGCCCCGUCGUCCGGCCCUAGGGCCUUUUGGCAAGACUGGCAUGACCAAAGUGGCCCUGAAAUGUCUAGAAAGCCCAGACAAUGAUGAUCACUGAGUGAGUGGCACUGGACUGAGCCUGGGCGGCUUGUUGACUGACGGAGAGGGAUGCUAGGGAGGAAACUCAGGAUGGGGACCAUCUGUUCUCCCAUCCCCAGCGGGACAAAGACCUCAUCGGACGUCUGCAAUGCCGACUGGAUGGCCUCGCUGCCCCCUCACCUCCACAACGUCCCCCUUUCCAAUCUGGCAAUCCCAGGCUCCCAUGAUUCGUUCAGCUACUGGGUAGAUGAGAAAUCCCCAGUGGGGCCUGACCAAACCCGAGCUGUCAUGCGCCUUGCCAGGAUCUCCUUGGUGAAGAAGCUAAUGAAGAAAUGGUCUGUGACUCAGAACCUGACCUUCCGAGAGCAGCUCGAUGCUGGGAUCCGCUACUUUGACCUGCGUGUGUCCUCCAAGCCAGGGGAUACCGACCAGGAGAUCUACUUCAUCCACGGACUUUUUGGCAUCAAGGUCUGGGAUGGGCUGAUGGAGAUUGACUCGUUUCUUACGCAGCACCCCCGAGAGAUUGUCUUCUUGGAUUUCAACCACUUCUAUGCCAUGGAUGAGGCCCAUCACAAAUAUCUGGUUCACCGGAUGCAGGAGGCCUUUGGAAACAAGCUGUGCUCGGCCUGCAAUGUGGAGAGUCUGACCCUGCAGAUCCUGUGGGAGAAGAAGUGCCAGGUUCUUAUUUUCUAUCACUGCCCCUUCUACAAGCAAUACCCCUUCUUGUGGCCUGGAAAGAAGAUACCAGCACCCUGGGCAAAUACCACCAGUGUGCGCAAACUAAUCCUCUUCUUGGAGACCACUCUGAGUGAGCGGGCCCCACAUGGCUCCUUCCAUGUCUCUCAAGCAAUUCUCACCCCCAGAGCAAAGACCAUCGCCCGAGGCCUGGUUGGUGGCCUCAAGAACACACUGGUUCACAGGAACCUUCCUGUCAUCCUGGACUGGGUAAAAACUCAGAAGCCUGGAACCAUGGGUGUCAACAUCAUCACGUCUGACUUCGUGGACCUGGUGGACUUUGCCACGACUGUCAUUGAAUUGAAUGACCUCCUACAGGAGGAUAGAGCUUUGGCUAAAUGCUGAUUCAAUUUUUAUUUAUCUUAAUAUUGAAUCUUUUGAUCCAGGCUAGAGUUCUGAAGGGUUUUCUGUUAGGAUGGCCCCUGGGCAGUGAUGGUGAAGUGAAUAGAAGGAGGGUGUUUUUUCUUUUUCCCCUCCUCACAGGGCCAUUUGGAUAAAAUUGAAGAUCUUUUCAUUGCAUUUUUCCCAGUGAGACUUUUGAAAAACUUAAGUCCAAGGGAAGAAAGCAUGUUUCAUGAGAUCGAGGCGAGGAUUUCCUCAAUGGUUUAUGAUGUUGAAUGUUAUAUGGAAAUGGAGUCUCCAAGAUACCUUGGGGUAUUGUGUGUCCUCCUACUAGGCCUAGUUCCCUGUUGUCUUCCAGGGUGUUGUGUUUGAGUCAGUGAGAAAACUGAACCAGAAAAGCAUUCCUGGUCAAAAGAAUCACUCCUUGCAGGUGUAGACUGCCCUGUGCGGUGGCUCUACUAUCAGCUUGGGCUUUGAGGGGAGAAAGGGCCAAGCACCAGUUCUCUCUAGACAUGUUGAAUGUCACCACUUUAUCCCUGAGAGAGUAAGACAUUUAUCACCAAAGUAUUUCAGCUACAAGCUGUUCUUGCAUAGCUUAUCCUUGGUAAUUAGUCAACUUCAUUCUUCAGAUAAACAGUGCAGACUGCCGUUGGUGUCAGAAAUGUGUUUCCCACUUUUAAAGCAUUGAUUCCUUUCUCUUUGUUUUGGCCUCUUCUUAAAAGUGAAAGGAACAAGGACCAGAGAUAUUUUCAUUGUGGGGCCCAACAAUAGACAGACAUGCAUGUUUGUUGCACGCCAGAUUUUUUUUAAAAUUCAAUUCUGUAGCUUUUCCCAAAAUGGCUGCCAGGUAAGCACUUCCAUCAUUUGGUCAAAAUCGUUUUCGGAGUAGGAUCUUCAAGCCAGAUCUUGGAGUUGCAUUUCUUUGUUGUCUGCCUUGGACUUGGUUCUAUGCCAUGGGACACAAUGCUAAUGGAAGGGAGCUUGUCUGUGACAACGCGGCAGCAGACACGGAUGCAUGGAAAGUGCAACGGAUUUAAGGAGGACACGCCAAGUGAGUUUGGAGCCAUUCUGUAACUCCUUGAAAACAAGACUACCUCGGGGGACAUUUAGGAUGACUUGGAUGUCGUCGAGUGAGAAAUACCCAGUGUUGGAACAUUUCCAGUCUGUGUCUUCCUUGUGCUGAGCCUAGUAAUCACCACUGCAUGAGGGCUUUGAAACUCACAAGGGAAUUUUUUUUUUAUUAUUGAUAAGAGGUGCUUAUCCAUAAAAAGCUCUCUUGAGUUUUAUUUAUUAACUUAUUUAUUUAUAGAUUAAGUAUAUUCAGUGCUUCUUACCUCAUGAGCACUCACCAAGGAGCUUCCUGAACUUUCUUACCCAGGCCCGAUGCUGCCAUGGUCUUCCUCCUUAGCAGGACCAUGCAUCUCAGGACUGUGAGUGACCUGCGACUCUGCUAUAGAUGUCCUGGCUCCUCAGUCAAGAGGGCGGACGGGGUUCGUGUGUGGGCGUGGUCCAGAUUUGAGAAGCCACUCGCAAGCCACACGCUGGGGCAGAUGAUGAAAAGGGUAGUGAAGAACUCUCAGUUCUUGAGGAAGACCCUCCAGAAAAGGGUUGAAAAGAAAGCAGCCGGGAAGAAAGCUGAGCAUGGGAAUGCGUGCGCUUCAAUGCUCCUAAGAACUGCCUGAGAAUCUCCAAGGAAGUGUUAGCUUCCAGGUUCCAAAGGAGAAAAGAUAAGCAUGCAAUCCUGGGUGGCUGUGUGCAUGUAUACACAUCGCUGGACCACCUCCCAGUAGUUUCCCAUUUCUACUUUUCAAUGCUCAUGGCUGGAUUUGCAUGCUGCCUGCAGUGGGGGGUAUCCUAGAGUUGCUACUAAAAGCACAUGCACACCCCCAAUUCUUGGUCUUCCAACCUUUACUCCCUGUGAAGGAAUUUAAGCUCUGACCUUUAGCGUCCACAGCUUGAGGAGGUCAUAACACAAAUGCCUCUUCUGGGCAUUAACUUUUCUUACAUUUGGGCUCCUCUCCAAAGAGGUUUCUGAGAUUUUUUUUGUCAAAUUCUUUAGGGCCUUCUAUGGAAAGGAGUAAGGAAGUGAGUGCCCUCACUUUCUCCAUUUCCCUUCAAUUCUGAUAUUAAACUCCAGUGAUGAGCUCUGAAAUCCCUGGCCCACCCUCAGGGUUUUAUUUGUUGUUAUUGUUUCAUUUGGGUCUUGUGUUUAAUUCAUGCUCAAUUGCUAGGGACUAGAUCAGUUCCCCUCUUUAACCCUUUGUUACUUGGCAAAGAGAUAAGGAGGCAAGAGGAGAAUUCUUCUCUGUUUUAUUUGAGCCUCAGCUUUGUCCAGGUGCUUGGUGCUACGAGGCCAGGUGUGUGACAGGUGUCUACACAGGAUACCAGUGACACUCAAGGGCUGCUGACUGUUCAGUGAAAUGUUUACUUGAUUUUUUUUCCUUUAGUUUUAAAAUAUAU